GACACGACACGACACGACACGACACGAACACGAACACGAGUGUUUUCGUCAAUCGUCAGUGUGACGCGAAGCGGAACGCAGGUACACGUCCCUGUCGUGUUUGUAUGUAAGAAUCGUAUCGUCCGCGGUUUCUUUUCGUCUCUGUCCAUCUAUCCGUCCGGCUAUGAACUUUCUGUUUGUUCACCUUCGAGAGGGAACAGAUUGCGUGACACAUGCGUGCGAUAUCGUGGAAAGUUUGGUGUCGUGCGACAGAAUGCGGUACGAUGACCGCAUAAAUGAGUAAUCGAACGAGAACCGGUUGGAAGGACGAAAAUCCCGGCGGAAAGGACGCCAGCCCGUGGGUAGAAUCGAGCCUCUCUCGCUGUGCAUAGCUGGUGAAAUCGAUCGGUGAGAGAAUCGAAAGAAAAGCGAAAAGAGUAGAGGGCCGAUUAAAAAAAGCUGAUAGCGUGGAAGGGUCGAAGGUUGAGCGGGUUACGGAGAAGAAAGAAAGAGGACGUGGCGGAAUCACGUUUGUCGAAGGAGGAGAAGGAAGACGCAAAGGAAGAAGGAGAGAGCGGACGAGCAAGAAAGAAAGAUGAACCUGACGGGUGACUUGCAAAGCGCGGUGGUCGGCUGUUCAUCGAGAGGCAGAUAGCGCUAUUAGUUGUUGUUGGGUCUGAGAACGUCGUGCCGAUGCCUACUACGGCUCUGGUCAUCGACGGAGAAGGGGCAGACGACGACGACGGGGACGACGACGACGGGGACGACGACGACGACGACGACGACGACGACGACGGGGACGACGGGGACGGGGACGACGACGACGACAAAGACGACAAAGACGACAAAAACGAGGACGAAGACGAGGAAGAGGCGGCGGAAGAGAAGGAGGAUACAAGAGGACACAGUGGGGCGAAGAAGGCUGCGAUGUACCCAUUGACGUUAAAGAGAUUUUCUACGUUUGGAACUCUCCUGAUUUUCUUCCUGAUGUUUGCUUGCUUUUUCACCGUUGUCAAUGCUUCGCCUCUUCAUUCCGCACCACCGCACACAGGUAUCACUCACGGCUCGUACAUCGGGUAUUACGAGGUGGCCUCUUACGAUACCGCGGCCUUGAGACAACGUCGUAAUCGGAUGCGUCGCGAUGUCACCGACGUCGUCGACGAUCACCUGCUGCUGCACCUGAAAGCGCUCGACAAACAGUGGACGUUACGUUUGAUUCGAGACAUGGAAUUGUUUAGCAAAGAUGCGACGUUUGAGAGCACCAACGGACCGAUCCUUUUUGACACGUCACACUCUUAUGUAGGCACCGUGUUGGAAGACGAGACCGCCACGGUGCAGGGCAUCGUAACGGAUGACGGUCUCUUCGACGGCACCGUCGUUACCAGAUUCGAAGAAUAUUAUAUCGAGCCUACGAGCAGAUACUUGAAUACAAACGAGGAUACGUCACCGCCCUAUCACAGCAUAGCUUAUCGUGCUUCGGACGUGUUGACUCCGCAGCGUUCACUGCCGUGCGCCAGUCACCGACUGCACCGUGGGACUCUUCGAGAAUCGCUGAGAAGAGAGUACAGUCGCGAGAACAAUUCUCGGACAUUUUACGAACCUCUGCUCGGCGAAAACGUUGCUCUUUACUCGAGGGAGAACAGCGCACGAGUUUUAAUUUUGGAGAAGAAUAACGAUGCACCACCUACAGACACAACGAGCAACGGAGAUCGCAUCGCGAGACAUUUGCACAAACGUGCCACCGUGGAUCCACGGAAGACCACCUGCAUGCUCUACUUGCAAGCCGACCAUCAAUUUUUCGCGCGAUACGGCACGGAGGAGGCUUGCAUCGAAGUGAUGACUAGACACGUGCAAAGGGUCAACUCCAUUUACAAGCAUACCGAUUUCAAUCAGGACGGAAGACCGGACAACAUUAGUUUUAUGAUAAAACGCGUCAAAGUACACAGCGAGGACGCUCUCAGAGAUCCCAAUUAUCGAUUUCCAGGGAACUAUGGUGUGGAAAAGUAUCUGGAACUCUUUUCUGAGGAAGACUACGACGCGUUCUGCUUGGCUUACAUGUUUACGUACAGGGACUUUGAGAUGGGAACGUUGGGCCUAGCUUGGACCGGUGAUUUGAAAAAUGCUGGCGGAGUUUGCGAAAAAAAUGGCCACUAUCGCGGCAGCAUGAAGUCGUUGAACACCGGAAUAGUGACUCUGCUCAACUACGGCAAGCAUGUGCCGCCUGCAGUUUCUCACGUGACGUUGGCCCACGAGAUCGGUCAUAACUUUGGUUCACCGCACGAUCCGGAACAAUGCACGCCCGGUGGAGAGGAUGGAAACUUCAUUAUGUUUGCUCGUGCCACCAGUGGCGACAAGCGUAACAAUAAUCGUUUCAGCCCCUGCAGCUUGACGGCCAUUAAUCCGGUUUUGAAUAGCAAAGCUCGUUCGCCGAAGGGUUGCUUCACCGAACCGCAAGUGUCGUUGUGCGGAAAUGGCGUUGUCGAAGAAGGCGAAGAAUGCGACUGCGGAUGGGAAGAAGAUUGCAGGGACUCGUGUUGCUUUCCGCAACGUCGAUAUCCACCGGCGGGUGAAACUCCGUGUACUCUUACGCCAAGAUCCGUGUGCAGUCCUAGUCAGGGUCCGUGUUGUACCGCCGAGUGUAAUUUACGAUUCGGAGAGAAAUGCCGAGAUGACAACGGAUGCCGCGAUGCGAGCUUCUGCGACGGUAGAUCACCCUACUGUCCUCCUUCUAUCAACAAGCCUAACAAGACGAUCUGCAAUCGCGAAUUCGUCUGCUUUAUGGGAGAAUGUACAGGUAGUAUAUGCCUUGCAUAUGGUUUGGAAUCUUGUCAGUGCAUUCCGGGGCCAAAUGACCCUUCGACGAAAGCUUGUGAACUCUGUUGUCGUCUUCCCGGGGAGAGUCAGCCUUGCUUGUCAUCCUUCGACUGGAAUUCUCCGCCGUUCGAUAUUCCAGAUAUGUUUUCGAAACCAGGAACACCGUGUAACGACUACAACGGUUAUUGUGACGUUUUCCAAAAGUGUCGAGAGGUGGAUCCAAGCGGUCCGUUAGCGACUCUGAGGAAGCUCUUGUUGUCGGACGAAAGUCUUGCCACUUUUCGUCGCUGGAUUAUCGACCAUUGGUACGCGGCUGGUUUGAUCGUUUUGGCAGCGGUAUUGUUAUUGGUGGCGAGCAUGAGAAUGCUGGGCAAACGACCGGAUCUGAAGCUCAAGUCGGUCACGAUAAUGCACAGCUCGACGACGGAAACGGUUCGUCUGCCGCCGGAGGGAGCGGAGGGAGUCACGGUACAUCCGCCGGCUGUACGCGCCAAGCUUCCACUUAGCAGAAAAGUCCGAGAGAAGAGAAGACAUCGAAAGCAUAAAGACUCUCACGGCAAUGCAGGCGAAAACUCUGCCAAGGAUGCAUCGAAGAAAAAAAAGAAACAAUCGCAACCACAGCCGCAAUCGCAACCGCAACCGCAAUCGCAAUCGCAACCGCAAUCGCAGCCGCAGCCGCAGCCGCAGCCGCAGUCGCAGCCGCAGCCACAGCCACAGCCACAGCCAAAGAAGACAUCGACGAAUCCCAGUGAAGAGUUGGUCCGGAAGAGAUCAGCCGAGCCGACGACCGUCGUUGUUCAAGAAAACAAAAGAAAAAAGACUAUCCCGGCGACUCUUUCUCGAGACAAACAAAAUUUCGUUAGCAACACACCCACCAACGGCGACAACGAUAAAAGGAAGCGUUGCAAGAAGCAACAGAGAAAAGAAGUGAUCGACUAUUCGGCCACUCAGGCCGAAAAAGAAUCCGAGCCGAACGCUGAUCCUAAAAGCAAAGUUCGUUCCUGGCUGCUGGCGUCUUCUCAAUGUCGACCGGAAAUGACGAGAACGAACGCGUCCGGGCUACCGAAGAGCAAGUCCACUCCCGUAGGACUAACGAGUGCCGGGACCAGGUUACCGCAAACCAGACAGAUCGUCGCCUCGAGAAGGCCCGUUGAAUCCAGAGAAACAAAAAGCUCGGCUGGCAACAAACCGCGAAAAGAGAGGGCAAAGCUGCAAGUGGUUUACAACCCCCCCUUCAAAUUUAGCGUAAAAUUACGAAAGUCGGACAAGGUGGUUGCUCAAUUGGUCGGCACUCAGCCGGCAAACGCGAGCCUCGCUAACGGCAGAUCCAAGAUUCCGAGGACAGGCGUUCUGCUGCGGACCCCGAAGAAGAAGGAUAGGGUCAGAAUCGGUAGAGCCAGACAAAUAGCACCUACAGGAAUCGGAAACGGUACAGGUGAUUUACCUGACCCGGCCAAUUCUGAUCUUCAUACCGUUCCUUCUGAUCUCGAGGUACUCUUGUCCGAGAGUGAGUUUCUAUUCUCGGACACGUGACCACGGUCAGACACAUCCGGAUAUCUCCUUGUCGGGCAAGAAUCACUUUUGCCUCAAACGAAAACCGCCGUUGCAUCGAGAAAUCCCGUCCGAGGAAGUCGCGAAAGAACUCUAAUGGACGUUUUACGCCCCAUUUUGUCGCCGAGAACGAACAUCGGUGUCGGAGAACAACUACAGCCCGUUUUUUCGUAUUCAGCCGGAUACAUGGCGGCUGUUGCUGGUUGUCUUUUCUUUUAAAAAUGGGACAAAAUCUACCUAACCCAGAGUCUGCUUCUUCCGUUUUACCGUGGUUGAAUUUAUUUGCUCACGAAUAUGCCUUAGCGGCCAACAAAACGUAUACACCUAUCGCGUACGCUUUUUUCUCUCUUUCACGUCUUCCUAGUAUUAUACACAUAUUACUAUAACGUAUCGUUCGACAAACGAACGACGGUCUCCCUCCCUUGCGUUUCUAUGUGGUUGGAAUAGUGUAAUCAGUAACGAACCACGUUUUAUGGAGGAAUGUGCUUCGGCGAGCAGCAUCGUGUCAUACAUACCAGUGCUAGUUUCACACAUCUAAGCCAAGUAUUUUUCUUCCAAAGAUAAGGGGCCAAAUUCAACAUUUAAAAGACUACGCAUCGACGAUUGCACGUAUAUUUACAGCGUAAGAAUACGUCAAAACCGCAAAUCUACCGAUCUAAAGAAAAAAGAAGAAAAUAAAACCAGACAAACGAACAAACAAAUCACGGUGAAAUUUUACUUUUCGCUUGCAAAGUGUAAGUUCCGGUUCGUUUGCGAUCGCGGCUUCUAUCCAGGGUGACUCGACGAACGUUUCUUUUUUUUAAAAGGAAUUUUAAUUUUUUUUU